AUGUCGAUCGGAACAGAAACCACAGAAAGCAGUCAUGACCUAGUCAUCGUCGGAGGUGGCCCUACGGGUUUGGCAAUUGCCGUCCUUGCUCGCUCAUUAGGACUCUCCAUCAAAGUCCUUGAUGCUAAAGAAGGCCCCCUGGAUUUGGGUCGCGCUGAUGCGCUCAAUGCGCGUACCCAGCAAUACCUCGAGGUCUCUAAGACACUCGAGAAACUCCUGCCACAAGGAAUAACCUGCAACACAAGCUCGACGUUCGAGGCCGGUGAAUUUACCUCCCGCCAAAGCCACUGGUGGACAUCACUGAAACACACCUUCCGACCGAACUUUCUUAUGAUCGGUCAACCGCGCGUGGAGGCCGCCCUUCUUGAUCAACUCGAUGCCCCAGUUUAUUACAGUCGCACUGUGGUGUCAGUCACUGAGUCCGCGACGGAUGCCUCGGUCACCACGAAUAAAGGAGAAACCUUUCGAGGGAAGUAUGUCGUGGCUGCAGAUGGAGCGCGGUCAUUUGUGCGAACCGCACUAGAUAUUCCUUUCACGGGCACAAAGCCAGAGAUGAUCUGGGCCGUUCUGGAUACUUUUAUCGAGACCGACUUCCCAGUUUGCCCGGAGAUCAUCACCUUCCAGGUUAACGGGCAGUCGAGAGUGGCAUGGAUUCCUCGAGAGCGCGGCAUGUCCCGGUUCUACAUUCUCUUAGAAGGAGAAGUCACCCAGGCCAAGGCCGAAGGGUCUGUCCGUGCGCACAUGGCACCUCACAAGGUCGAAUUCCUCAAGACAGAGUGGUUUAGCACAUUUGACAUUAAGGAACGUAUUGCCGAGACCUUUAUUUCACAAUCUGGUAACGGUCGCAUCGUUCUGGCAGGCGACGCAGCGCAUGUCCACGCGGUUAACGGCGGGCAAGGCCUCAACACCGGUAUUGCGGACGCGUUUGCCUUGAGUUGGCGGCUUGGAAUGGCCGCCAAUGGUCUCUCAGGACACGAGGUUCUCCGCAGUUACGAUACCGAGCGCCGUGCCGUCGCGGCUGGGGUCAUCGAGGUGGCUUCGAAGCUGGUGCGGACGACGGUGAAGACGGCAUUGGAAUAUGUGGAUGAGAUCGAAAGAAACGCCGGAUAUAUCACCGGCAUGGGUGUGUUCUAUCCUCCAGGAAUCUUGGUCCGCGAGUCGGAAUUCGGAGAAUUCGUCGCUGGUCAUCGCUGUCCUGAUUUGACCGUCACCGCGCUCUCGGAUUCUCACGAAGUUAGUGCAGGUGAGCAAAGGAGACUAUACACUCUCUUCCAAUAUGGCAAAUUCGUUGUCUUGUUUCUUGGAGACCAAGCUGGCUCGAUCUCAUCAGCAGCGGUAGAAAAGUAUCAAGAAGUCGCGGAUUUCUGGAAUGUUCGUGCGGACGAUCAGCGCAGUGACAGUAGCAUCCCCGAGUAUCAAGCAAACUGGGUUGAGAACCAAUCUGGGGUUGUGGUGAUUCGGCCUGACUUCUACACAGGAUAUGCGGGAGAGAAGUGGGCGGAUUAUCUCGACGCGUUGUUGACGGCGUGA